GUCACAUUGCCACGUCAUUUCACGUUACGAUGUCAAUGUUAACAGUGCUCCGUUUCUAUUGACGGAAGCCGCGUACGGCUUACAAGUUUCCAUUCAUCGUUUAACUCCCAAUUGUUAUUUAUCUAAACGCCUCGCGAGUCAACAGGCCGUUUCUAUCGCGUCAUAUUUAUGCGGCAUAACCUAUACCAUCCUAUCAUAAUAACCUUGCAUUUGGGAAGAAAGAAGAAAAAAGCAAGGACCAGAAGGCUAAUUGAAGAAAAGUACAUCUCGUAUGAAUGUACAUUUGUCCAACAGUAUAGCAGAGGAAGUGAAGGAAGGUGCUCUUUCACUCACAAAUAAGAAUAUCGAUGCAACAUUAGCUGAGAAUGAACUGGUGUUCAUCAACUUUUACGCACAAUGGUGUCGCUUUAGUAACCUAUUAGCUCCAAUAUUUGAUGAAGCUGCAGAUAAGAUUAGAGAAGAGUUUCCACAGUCUGGAAAAGUAGUAAUGGCCAAAGUGGAUUGUGAUCGCGAAACAUCUGUGGCAUCUAGGUUUCAUAUAACCAAAUAUCCAACAUUGAAAGUAAUAAGAAAUGGACAACCAACUAAGAGAGAAUACAGGGGACAGCGAUCAGUAGAAGCAUUCCAAGAAUUUAUCAGAAAACAAUUGGAAGAUCCUAUUAAAGAGUUUUUUGAUUUGAGGGAACUUGAACAACUUGACGAUAAAAAACGCAUGAUUAUAGGAUAUUUUGAAAGAAAAGAUGUACCAGAAUAUGAAUUGUUCAGAAAAGUUGCCACCAAUUUGAAGGAUGAUUGCCAAUUCUAUGUUGGUUUUGGCACAUGCUCGAAUCAAAACUGCGAAAUUGGACAGCAUUUACAUUUGCUGAAUGCAAGUAAAGCAAUGCAUCCUCCAGGAGAGCCUAUUAUUGCCUUCCGAUCAGAUAAAGCCCUGUCUGUUGAAAAUGACGAAACUUACAAAGGAAGCUUAUCAGUUUAUGAUGAAUUAAAUGUAUGGGCGCAAGAGAAAUGCGUGCCAUUUGUGAGAGAAAUAACAUUUGAAAAUGCUGAAGAAUUAACAGAGGAAGGCUUACCAUUCCUUAUAUUAUUUCAUGCUCCUGAUGAUUUACAAAGCGUUAAGCAGUACAAAUAUAUCGUAACUAAAACGUUAUUAAGUGAAAAACAAAACAUCAAUUUUUUAACUGCCGACGGCCUGAAAUUUGCGCAUCCACUGCAUCAUUUAGGAAAAACCGCAGCGGACUUGCCACUGAUUGCAAUAGAUAGCUUUAGACACAUGUAUCUAUUUAAGGAUUUUAAUGACAUUUUUGUGGAAGGAAAACUUAAAGCUUUUCUACAGGACUUGUAUUCCGGUAAACUCCAUCGCGAGUUUCACUAUGGUCCUGACAUCACCAGCAAUGAAAUACCGGUUACUGGGAAACAGGUGAAAACGCCCACAACUCCGCCGGAGUCUGCGUUUAAAAAAUUAGCACCAAGCAAAAAUAGGUAUACAAUAGUUAAGGAUGAACUGUAAUGAGAUUGAGUGCGCAGUGGGAUUUUCGUAAUUAAUUUAUAUGCAGUAUACUGAAAAGAAGUGAAUUGCAUGGAGAGGACUUUCUAACAUGCAUAUUAUUUUCGUAAUACGUUUAUAACGUGAAUUUUCUAAGACUUCGACAAAUCCGUUUUUCCUUCUCCAGAUUUAAUUCUCUCUCUGUAUACUCUUCGUAUACAGAAUGAGAUUGAUGUCUUAAUUUACUUAUUGUUAUUUAAUUUUAAAAAUGUCAAUAGAGAUUAUUUGUUAAUUAUACAUCAUUUUCACAUCCAUAGAAAUAAAAAUACGAGCAUAAAAUAUAUAUAUAGCAAUUUAUUUUUUAUAAACAAAUCUCAUACGUUUGUGCGAUCUAUUGUCGAAUAAACAAACGGUAAUGAACCGAAGGUUUUUUUCUUUUGACAAGAUAUGUCUGAUGUUCUUAAAGUAAGUUGCUAAGAACAUUUUUUAUAUUGCCUCUAAAACUUUGCACUUGUAUCAAUAAUUACGUAUCAAUUUUUUUAUAUACAUUGUAAAACGAUCGUGCUGCUUAAUAUCGUUAUUGUUGUAUUUUACAAUUUCGAUAUAAACUCGAAAUAUCCUUCAUAUAUAAUGAGAGUUGAUUUAAAUAAUUUCUACUUUCGUAUAUAAAUAUAUUCCAUCUGUUACGUUUGCUACAAAACUCUUUUAGCGCAAUAUUUAAUAAUAUUUCUACAUGAAUACAUUCAUCGAGAAUCCGAAGCGUAAAUGUGUUCGAGAAUAUAAUAUCUUAUGUGUAUGUAUGCGUAUAUUAUUGGCUGCAUAUGGAAUAACCGUUUCUGAAUGAAAAAUGUAUGAGAGGAAAAGAGAAAAAGAAUGAGAGUGAGAGAGAGAGAGAGGGGGGGGGGGAAUAAGAGAGCGAGUAUUUUGUCUAUUGCAUGACUGCAAAUGUUCGAGCAAGUGAAAUCUCAGCGUGCCCUCGUAAGAUAGUCAUAGAAUGCAUUAUUUGUAUGAUCGAUGAUAUUGUUUUGCCUGUUAAUAAAUAAUUUUUAAGUCAUA